AUGUCUCAACCAGUGAUCGCCCCAUCAACAGAUGCCAUCGUGUCCGGGGUCAGUGCGGGCUCUGUAGGCAGUGGGGUACAGAUCCCUAUCCUGUCGGGUCCCAUGUCUGAGGGAAUGCUACAAAUGAGAUCUCAGGCCACUCGCAGUCAACGCAAUGACUCGACUGAACGCGUCUGUAUGUUUGCCGUGUGUCUCAUGUUUAUCGGCAUUCCUAUCAUUGUUUUAGGUAUUAUAUUACUGGCGUUCUUCGCACCGAUUGCUGUGGUACUGAUGCUCAUAGGAGUGGUGGCCUCCACUUCCGGUGCAUUUCUCGCUAUUCUGUCGGCCAUUCUGUCGGUGUUCAUCAAACAGCCCGAUUCAGCCACCGUUCCCACCAACUACUCCGAUGUCAGACAAGUGCCCGACAUUACCAUUGAGAGCACCAACUAUUCAGAACAUUUCGGUGACAACUUAUGUGAGGAAACACCUCAACAGUUAUCUGCCACUGAUUUGCAUCAAACUAAUGAUAACGACAACCACUUUAUGGAAAAAUUGGAUCCAGUGUUUUGGUCCAACUAUCCUGAGGCACAAAAUCCUAAAUCAUAUCUCAAUUCAUUCGGAGAUUUACCAAAAAUAAUCGCAUCGCCUGAGCCGUCAGCACCGGGCAGUAGGGCUGCACACAAGACAUUGAAAGACAAAUACGACGAUAAAAUCAAGAGAAAGAUAUCAAAGACAAUGAAAAUGGGAGGGAAGAGGAGAACAAUGUCCCGAACAGAGCUCACGCGUGACUAUAGCGACGAAAUGGAGUCGAGUUCGUCUUCGGACACCACUUCACCCGUCAAUCAUCGCCGUAAUUAUCAUCAAAUCCAUGCCACUGAGUAUGCACUCAAUGGCAUGAAUGGCAACCAAAGUAUAGUAACGAUUGAAAACUUUCACUUCAAUUCUCACACAACCGAUGAUCACAACGAGUCAGAGGAGGCUAACGAUGGCGUCCUUCAGACACGACAUGUCGUGUUCGCCCAUAAGAGUAGUGCCGAUGAGAAUACAACUGAAGAUAAUAGUGAUUAUACGACAACUAAUGAGUCCAACGAAAGUCAUAAAACCGAGGAAACAAAUGUUUGUUCAAACAAUGAACAAGUUGUCAGUGAUUCACACGACAGUCAAACCACAAAUGCAUUCAUCAAUACUUGCAGUGAUCACAGCAACAAAGGCAAAGACCUCAACGAUAGCCAAUCACACCAACUGAUCACUACAGAAGGGGAUACUUAUUUGGACUCAAAUGGUGGACACGUAGGGGCACAGGUGGAUGGGUGUGCGGACUCCACAAUCAUUGAACAAGAUUUUAGUAAUUUGUGGACAAAUAUCAGAAAUACAAACAAAUAA